UUAUUCUUGUUAUCACCAAAUACUAUAUAAAAGCUAAAAUCCACUUUCGUUUUCAUUUACGAUUGUAUUUACCACUUAAUUUGACUUGAGAAGUUACAAACGUUGAAGUUUUCUUUGAUUCAUAUUCACAAGAAUACUUUUGGAUUAAUUGUUCAAGGAACUGCUUGGCAAAACAAAGAUGGUACUAAGUGACCUAGAUACUCGCUUACUUAAAGAGUCAAUUCUGGGAUUAUGUCGUGAGGCGGUUGCCAACACACUUCGUCUUGAAGUUGACGGGAUAAUAUGUUUGACUAUCAACGACCAAGAUCACGUUGUGAAAAUACAUAAAUUCUUUCAUAAACCAUAUAAUCCCGAAAAUCAACCCAAUGAAACUUCCUGUGCAGCUAAAUCUGUUGCAUGCGAAAAUGUACAUGAAAGAAGAAAAGCGCCUACAACAUACGACAACGCCAAUAAGAAUAUUUCGGAUCGGAUAAAGAUUGAAGUUGAUGAUGUUUUGAUUCAACCUGAACCAGAAACUCAGGGAAACGCGAACCCCGAUAUAAAACAGGAAGAAGACAACAUGAUAGGUACUUCUUUGCAAGAGCAAAUGUCCACAACACAGACUUUCCCAGCUAUUCGUACAUUUCCUGGUCGUCCAGCCUUAGAAGAGAGGUAUAAAUCGUCUACCAUAACACAAGACAACGCCGAAAUGGAUAUUUUGAAAAAGAUAAAGAUUGAAACUGACGAUAUUUUAAUUAAAUCCGAACCAGACACUGAUGAAAACACGAAUAACGCAAUACAGCAGGAAUAUUACAGCAGGAAAGGUACUUCUCUGGAAGAACCGAAAUUUACUGCACAGGUUUCUCCAGAUAUUCGUACACUGGCUGCUCCUUCAUACUUAGAGGAGCGGUGUGAAACGUCCGGAACAACACAAUACAACGACGAAAUGCAUAUUUGA